ACCGUCUGGGCUGAGGCUCAGUCAUCGUUGGUUCUGUGACUGAUCAGCUGAAGCAUCAUGAAUCUGUGGCUCAGCAGUCAUCUCCUGGUAGCAGGGCUGUUUCUGAGCAGCUCGGCUCUGACACCUGAAGAAUGUCAGCCUUUAAUGACGCCUCUGUCUCUGGCUGACCCCUCCACGAUGUUUGGCAGGUGGAACUUCAUCGCGGGGUUCACUGAUCAUGAAGCAUAUAACGACAUCCUGAAGAAAUCUGACAGCAGCUGGAUGAAUUUCACCGCGUCAACAUCCGGCCACGAUACUAUUAUUAUGUCUCAGGAGAACAGGAUAGGUGGAAACUGCAUGGCCUCAAAGGUCAACGUAGCCAUCGACGGCAACACAUUAUCAACAUCAGUGGCCAAUGUCACCACGACUUUCCACCUGUUGCCGAGCUGUGACGGCUGUUUGCUCAUGAGCGCCAACUGCACCGCCAGAGACCUGGACAAACUGUUACACGUGAUGAAAGUUGACAGCAACGUCACAGCGGAGGAGGUCCACAUCCAUGUUCUUUAUCUGAUGGCUAGAGAAGCGACCGUGAAGGACUCUGACCUGGAACAUCUCAAGCAGCAGGCGAGCUGCUUCGGCUUCACCAAAGAACCAGACUUCAUCUACGACCCAAAGAACGGUUUCUGUGCUGAAGGCGAGGGCUUUAAGCUGUUCUGAAGUUAACAACAGCAUUCAUGAAUAUUUCAAACUGAAACUAAGUAAAGAGACAAAAUGUGAACCAAAACAUCAAAA